AUGGUGGGCGUGCCCGGCAAAUACAAAGGAUGCAACACCUGCAGAGCCAGGAGAGUCAAGUGUGAUAAUCAGCGUCCGCUGUGCAAAAAGUGUAUAGACUCUGGACGAGAGUGUCAGGGAUAUGAACGAGAGACCAUCUUCAUCGUCGGUACUGUCGAGGACAAGGGAAGAUGCAGUUCCCACCCUCCACGAAAUUCGAAAUCCCAAAGCGAUACUGCAUCAUCAUCAAGACAGGCCUCGCCAGUGCCAGAAUCGUCUUCGCGCCUUUCUCCCGUCAAGCCUCUCCGUUCUGCCUGGGACGAUGUCGUGCCUUUGUCCAAGUCUGGCAAAACCUACCAGCUUCGAAUCGCCGCACUGUACAUGCCGGCUCUGGCCUACGGAAGAACAAACAGUGCAGGGAGCAGGACGACCUUGCUUACUCUGCCGGCCUAUACGCCCGUCGACAUCCAGCCACGAUACGGAAAUGAGGAGUUUCAACUGCAGGCGCAUUGCCUAGCUUCUAUGGCGUCCGCUUCAGACAGCAUGUUGCUCUACCUCUUUGAUUACAACUCGUCUUUGGCAUACACCGGUGUGUCAGCCUGGGAAGGCCCUCUGGACCAGGAAGACAAGAUCAGACAGAUGGGCCCAGGCAGCUUCACAAGUUUUCCUGCCCAUCACUUCUUCGUACGAGUUUACCGACCAGCCGCCAUUGUUACAGGCCUGAUCAACCGCAAGCCGGUCUUCUGCGGUGAAGCAGAAUGGAUAGCCACGCCGUGGGAGCGUCACCCCAAGGCGCCCUUUGAUCAUCUCCUCGACAUCCUCUCCUCGAUUCCCGCGCUGCUCCAGCAACUCGACCACCUACUCAGCCUCGACGCAACGACAGCGCGCAGAUUUAUGGCACAAGAUCUCCUCGAUAGUGCCCUGGGAAUUCAGGCAGCCCUCGAACACUGGCACGCCUCCCUCCACCACAGCUCCCGAGGAGGCGGAGGCCAUCAUCAUCAUCAUCAUCAUCAUCACCAUCGCCACCAGGCAGCGGCCCACGUUCCCUUUGGCGAGCCCAUCUCGUUCCGCGACGCCCUGGCCGCGCUGACCUUCACCUACUACUGGACAGCGCAGGUCCUCUUCUACCCGUGCAUUGGGCUCCUGGGCCACACCAUCUCGGCACCCGUGGUGGACGAGGACUUGCGGCAGCAGGCGGGCUACGGGCCGCCGCGUCCCAACAACAACGUUGACCCGGAGGCCUACGGCACAGACCAGCUCCGCACCGUCGCAGCGCACGUGUGUCGUGGGCUGGACGCUGCGCUGGCGGCCACUGCGCAGCCUGACUUGUUGGCUUUUCCCGUGCGGGUUGCCGAGACGUUCUACGGCGGCAUCAGUGUCGUCACGCAAUCGGAAGACGGCGCUAUGGAGCUGAUGUGGCUCGCCGCUUUCAAGGAUAGAAUUGUGGGGAGAGGGCAGGAUCUGGCCCGGUCUGUCAUGAGCAAAGGAUGGAAGGAUUUGGCGGACUGGUGA